CGAACGCUCCGGGGGACUCCCAGGUCUCGCUCAGCCGCUCGCUCCGUCCCGAGCAGUCGGGGACAUGUCGAGGUGGGCGGAGGCCCGGUGGGCCGGCGCCAGACGGCGGACGGCGGCCGAGGCACACGCGCCCUCCUCGAGCUUUCCCCGGAGACACCUCCAUUUACAAACGCCCCGAGCUUGAAGGAGCUGUCACGGCGAGGAGGCCCCGCCGGGACCGAGAGCAGGAAACGCCGGAUCCGCACGCUUUGCAGCAGCUGUCGCGCGGGGAGUCGCUCCAAGAAGCUGAGACAAUGAAGCUGUUGGAGAACUCGAGUUUUGAAGCAAUAAACUCCCAGCUGACGGUGGAGACGGGAGAUGCUCACAUCAUCGGCAGGAUCGAGAGCUACUCGUGCAAGAUGGCCGGUGACGACAAGCACAUGUUCAAGCAGUUCUGCCAGGAGGGGCAGCCCCACGUCCUGGAGGCCCUGUCGCCCCCCCAGACCACGGGGAUCAGCCCCAGCAGGCUCAGUAAAAGCCAGAGCGGCGAUGAAGAGGGACCCCUGAGCGACAAGUGCAGCCGCAAGACCCUCUUCUACCUGAUCGCCACCCUCAACGAGUCCUUCCGGCCCGACUACGACUUCAGCGCGGCCAAGAGCCACGAGUUCAGCCGGGAGCCCAGUCUGAACUGGGUGGUGAACGCCGUCAACUGCAGCCUCUUCUCCGCCGUGCGGGAGGAUUUCAAGGCACUGAAGCCGCAUCUGUGGGACGCUGUGGACGAGGAGAUCUGUCUGUCUGAGUGUGACAUCUACAGCUACAACCCCGACCUGGACUCGGACCCCUUCGGGGAGGACGGCAGCCUCUGGUCCUUCAACUAUUUCUUUUACAACAAGCGGCUCAAGCGCAUCGUCUUCUUCACCUGCCGCUCCAUCAGUGGGUAUGCGUACACGCGGACGGAACCCGGCACCGAGCUGGACAUGGAGCUGGGCGAGGAGGACACGGAGAACGGGGACAGCGGGGACGCCGAGAGCGGCAGCAUCGAGGAGGAGAGGGUGCCGGUUCUCUGCGUGUGAGCCCCCACCCCGCAGUUCUGCACCCCCCCUGCUGCCGCCCCCCCCGCGCACCCCCACGUACACUGGACCCCCCGACUCCGCAGCCCCACGGACUGAACGCAGCCGAAUCCUCGCCCCGGCGCCGCCGAAACCUCUGCGUCCCCCGCCGCGGCGCUGCCGGACCCACCUGUGCCCCCCCACGCUGGGGGGGCCUGACGGCGUGGGGGGGCCCUGAGAAGCUUUGCUGCACUUUAUGGCCGAUGCACUGACCCGGCGGCACCGGGAUCCCCCCGAGCACUUCUCCGUCCCGCCGAGCGCCGGUGUCCCCAGCGGCAGCGGGGGGGGACCCCAGCGCCCGUCGUCCCCCCCCCCGGACACAGCCCCCCCGGACUGUCCCGCAGAAGAGUCCGUUCGUUUCAAAGAGCUUCGCUUCGCUCGCCCUCCCAUCCUCGUUUUUUUCUGCUGUUUCAGGUUUUUUUGGUUGGUCUGUUUUUGGUUGUUGUGGCACUGGUGUCCUGCGUGGGGGGUCCCACCCGGGGGAUGACCCGGAGCCCCCCCCCCCGCCCCCAGGGGUGGUUUUGGGGGGUUUCUUUUUAAGCCGCCGUUGGUUUUUGCCAGCGUGGAGGUGGCGUUGGCGGUGCGGGGGGCGUUGGCAGUGCCGGCGGUUGUUCCUGGUGCUGGGGGGGCAUUGGCAGUGCCUGGGGGGUGUUUGCAGUGCCAGGUCCAGCUCAGACCUUGCCGGGGGCUGGUUUUGGGCUGCUGCCCCCCCAGCUUUGGCUCAACCGCAUCCCCGCUGUUCUCCCCAUCCCGCUCUGCGGUGACGUCCCCCCUGGUCUGCACAGAUUUUGGGGGGCCGGGUCCCCCCCUCUGUAUUUUGGGGGGAGCUUGGCUGAGCCCCCAAACCAUGUGGGUCUGAGCUGCCCCCCCCAAGUGGGGGGGUGGGGGCAGCUGGUUUGUCACCGGGGUUGUUUCCUGGUCACCCCUGGGGACACACUGAGCCUGCGGCUCCCCCCGCGUGUCCCCCCGUGUCCCCCCGCCCCCCACGGGCUCCCCAGCCCCGUGGGCUGUGGCCGGGUGACAUCUCUGCCACCGUUGUCCCCUCGUCCCGCACCGCCUGCCCCCUCGGGGACCCCCCAGCGAUGUCCUGUCACACCAAUAAAGUUUUUCUGUCA